CAGAACCACUUGAUUACUUGAAUCUAAACCUAUGUUUUUUUUACACUCCCACGACAUAUGGUGAUUUUCAUUUUAAUCGAUUCCCUAAAACAGAUUCAUAAUAGUAAUUAACUGCUGAUUGUAUAUUUUCCUUGUCUAAUAUCGAGAUCGUUUUAUCUCAAAGAGGAUUAGCCGAGAUAAGCGUAUUGAUUAAUCAUGAAUUAGUUGAAUUGAUCAUAACUAAUUCCCUUAAAAAACUCCAAUAAAACCCCAAAAAACAAAACAAUAAAACCUAAUUCUUAUCCAUAAUUCCACAAAUAAAAAAACCAUUUACACAGCAAAUCCUAUCCUAUUCAUGUCCAAUUCCUCCCUUGUUUAAAUAUUAAAUGAUUUAUUUUAAUAUUAUUUAAUAUCUUCCCCAAUCGCUACUUCUUCCAAUCCCCAAAUCAGAACAAAAAAAAAAAAAAAGCUUCCCACUUUACACCCAAAAAAAGGAAAAACACGCCAAAGGAAAAUUCUCCGUCCUCAAAAGCGAAUCCGAUUUCCUCUCCACCGGUGGCCGUCAAUCCAUUCCCUCUUUAGCGGAUCAUCAUAUCCUCUGCCGGAUUGGAUCCAAUUCUUAUUCAUUUCCACUUCGCCUGCGGCGGAUUCUCCCUUUCGGUUGUGUGACUUGGAGGUGGUGGUUGUGGUGAUCGGGAAAUUGGGAAGAAGGUUCGCGGGAGAUUUGAGAUUGGCGGGGGGAUAUAAGCUGGAGGAGAUUGACAACCGGACGGCGGAUAUGCAGGUGGAGAAGGUCGGGAGGGAUCCGGCCUGUUCCAUGGGCGUGGAUUGUUUCAUGAGCAUAGCCAGGGCGUUCGGUACGUCGUGCUUCACCGAUGAAGGUUCUCGCGGCGGCGGCAGCGGCUCCCGGCAAUCUUCCGGGAGCAACGCGGAAGCGGCGAGGCGGAGGAAGAAGAGGCAGACGAUGAUGAAGAGGAGUGAUUCGAAGCUGGAGUUGUGGUUGCAUAGGAUCCCGGGGAGGUUGUUCUUGAACAGCUCGUCGGAAUUUGCGUCGCUGUUUACUAAGGCUGGGAAGAAAGGGGUCAAUCAGGAUGCCAUGAUUUUCUGGGAGAAUUUCGGCCCCAAUGAAGACACAAUAUUCUGUGGUGUUUUUGAUGGGCAUGGUCCCAGUGGUCAUCUUGUUGCGAAGAAAGUGAGGGACUCUCUGCCUUUAAAACUGAGAGCACAGUGGGAACUAGAUUGUACCAGCGGUGAGCUUGGCCUUAUGAGUGGUAAUACUGUUGGAAGGAAUGCAUUAGCAGAGUGCUCACUCAUUUCAUUUCAAUCAGAAUCGCCGACGGAAAACCUAGAUAAUGGGAAAAAGGACGUGCAGACAGACAUUUUUUUGACAUUUAAAGACUCAUUUUUGAAGGCCUUCAAGGCUAUGGACAAAGAACUGCAGGUGCAUCCUUAUAUUGAUUGCUACUGCAGUGGGACAACAGCAGUGACUGUGAUCAAGCAGGGGCGGGAUCUUGUUAUUGGCAAUGUUGGCGACUCAAGAGCUGUGUUGGGUACAAGAGAUAAAAACAACUCCCUCUUUGCAGUUCAGUUGACUGAAGAUCUCAAACCUUCUCUCCCAAGAGAAGCAGAGAGGAUCAGAUCAUGCAAAGGACGGGUGUUCGCUCUUCCAAGCGAACCGGAUGUUGCUAGAAUCUGGCUUCCGAACAACAACUCACCUGGUCUGGCUAUGGCCCGUGCUUUUGGUGAUUUCUGCCUGAAGGACUUUGGCUUGAUUGCGGUUCCUGAGAUUUCACACCAUCGUAUCACAGAUGACGAUGAGUUUGUUGUAAUGGCUACUGAUGGUGUAUGGGAUGUUUUGACAAAUGAUGAGGUUGUGGGGAUAGUGGGGUCUGUCCCACAUUCGAGUGCAGCUCAAACAUUGGUUGACUUAGCUCAUCGGGCUUGGAGGACUAAGUAUCCCACAUCAAAAACAGAUGAUUGUGCUGCCGUCUGCCUCUUCCUUGGCUCAUCCAGUGCCAAGAAGGUAUCAACGUCGAUGGACUGAUUACAUACAUCCUCUCUCUUGUCUAGAUAUGAUGAUCAUCAAUAUGCUAGAAAUUGUGGAUAUGAGUUGCCACCUUUUUGAGGCGCUUCCUGAAUUUUUUCAUUUGUUUGUGGUAUCUCUGGCCAUUUUGUCCAGAGAUAUUUCCACCUUGUACUGUAAAUAAGUUUCUCUCAUCUGCUAGCCAAAAGAAGAAAGGAAAACACAAGAGAAUGUGGAGGUAAAGGGUGUUUGGGUUGCUGAGUUUCAGAGGGAUGAAGGGUUCCAUCUAUUUCAGUAAUUUUUUUGGUCAGUCGGGUAGGUGGCAAACCAGUCUAAAUCUUUUUUAUUUGUUUUGUUUUCUAGGACUUGUAGUAGAUUUUGGGAGGGUAAUAAGUCUGUUGUAUGAUC